CAUCGUCAUCGGCUCUGCCCGUCACGCGCUUAGGAUGCUGUCUACGCAGGCGAUUCGCUAGGGUUUCAAACGCAGCCGCAGACUGGCUAUUUCCUGGUUACUUCGCAAGGAUGAAUGUGGGCGUUGCUCACAGCGAGGUGAACCCUAACACGCGGGUGAUGAACAGCCGGGGGAUCUGGCUGGCCUACCUGCUGCUCACCACUGCCCUGCAUGUGGUCCUACUCAGCAUCCCUUUCCUCAGUGUGCCUGUGGUGUGGACGCUCACCAACGUCAUACACAACCUGGCGAUGUAUCUGUUUUUACAUACCGUCAAAGGCACGCCGUUUGAGACGCCGGACCAAGGCAAGGCACGUUUGCUCACUCACUGGGAACAGAUGGACUAUGGCAUCCAGUUUACAGCAUCAAGAAAGUUCCUCACCAUCUUACCUAUUGUACUGUACAUCUUGGCCAGCUUCUACACCAAAUAUGAUACAACUCACUUCGUAGUCAACACAGGUUCACUACUAAGUGUCCUCCUUCCCAAGCUGCCUCAGUUUCAUGGAGUUCGUCUGUUUGGUAUAAAUAAAUACUGAUAUGGAUGGGAUGUAGCAUCAUGGAGAUGCGAUGAAAUGACUGAAAUUCCUUUAUUCUCCAUAUGAUGCUUCCUUGGUCCAAAGUCGUAAGGCCUUAAGGAACCAAAACUGCACUGGACUGAAGUACACUAUUUAAAAAAAGCUUUCCAUGCUCAGGUUUAUUCGAUCUGUGGCGUUUCUUUUUUUAAAUCCUGUCUUAAAUCUGUAAUUUCUCUUCAUCAUAAUCUCUAGAUCUCCAUCAUAAUUUCUAGAUUCAUCACAUUCAAGGAUGUUUUUGACUGCAUUGCACCAGACAAUGUGCCAUUUAUCACCUGCUGAUAUUGUUUGCAUAAACCUAUUUGGCACAACAAGCUCUGUCACUGUGGGGGCAAAACAUGAUAGUUCUGAAUUAUAAUAUUCAGAGAGUUUUUGUCAGUGUUCUAGUAUAUAUACAACAUGGAAAACUGCAGUAAAUAAGAUAAUUAAUUAGAAAAACUGAUUUUAAUUUUAAUUUGAACUGCAUUUUUAAUUUAAUUUCCUCCAAAAAUGCAAAUCAAUAAUCUGUGACAAUGUAUGAAUGUGAUAUGAUAAACAAUCUCAAAGUUUAUUGCUUAAGUUUCUCGUGGGACACUGUUAUAUUAGAUUUCUUUGAAUUCCUGUAUUUAUUUCAUUUGUCAUCAUAUCAUGAAACAUUCCAAUUUGAUGCAAUUGCCAUAGUGCGCAUAAAAUAUUAUAGAUUUUUUAAAUGUUCAUGUCUGCAUGGAUCAUAUUUGUUCACAAUACAAAAGUGAAAGUAUGCACAGUGGGGAACAACAGUCUGGGACCACAUUGAAAAUGUAGUAUUCAAAAUCUAAUAGGUGGAAAGUUUUAGAAUGCUUAAAAAUAAAACAUAAGAAUGUAAAAUGAAAAAGAAAUAGUAUAUUCUGUCCUUUUUAUAUUCUCCAUGUUCAUUCCUGUAUGUAAAUUUUGUACAGAAGGACAAGAUGGUUUUUGAGAUCACGAUCAUCAAGUUUUACAUAAAGUUGUGGAGUUCAUACAGCACUGAAAUAUUCAAACUAUCUGUAAAAGCAAUGUUUUGUUAAAAUCUGAGAUGAUUUUUUUAUUUUUUUUUUGUCAUAAUAUAAAAUUUCAGCAUCAAUUUUCCAGUUUAGUAUGUUCAGUUUUUUUCAGCCCAGUUAUAAUGUGUUGCACUGGUAUAAUUAAAGGGGUCAUAUGAUGCGAUUUCAAAGUGUUACAAGCUCUUGGUGAAUAAAGAAGAUCUGUAAAGUU